GCGGCGCGCAAGCAGGCGGAGGAGGCGCUCAGCAACUGCAUGCAGGCGGACAAGACCAAGGCCGCCGACCUGCGCGCCGCCUACCAGGCGCACCAGGACGAGGUGCACCGCAUCAAGCGCGAGUGCGAGCGCGACAUCCGCAGGCUGAUGGAUGAGAUCAAGGGGAAAGACCGUGUGAUUCUGGCCUUGGAGAAGGAACUUGGCGUGCAGACUGGGCAGACCCAGAAGCUGCUUCUUCAGAAAGAGGCUUUGGAUGAGCAGUUGGUUCAGGUCAGAGAGGCUGAGCGGUACCACAGUAGUCCAAAGAGAGAGCUCCCGCCUGGCAUCGGGGACAUGGCCGAGCUCAUGGGCGUCCAGGAUCAACAUAUGGACGAGCGAGAUGUGCGCCGAUUUCAGCUGAAAAUUGCUGAGCUGAAUUCGGUGAUACGGAAGCUGGAAGACAGAAAUACCCUGUUGGCAGACGAGAGGAAUGAACUGCUGAAACGCUCCCGAGAGACGGAGGUCCAGCUGAAGCCCCUGGUGGAGAAGAACAAGCGAAUGAACAAGAAGAAUGAGGACCUGCUGCACAGCAUCCAGAGGAUGGAGGAGAAGAUCAAAAACCUCACGAGGGAGAACGUGGAGAUGAAGGAGAAGCUGUCAGCCCAGGCAUCCCUGAAGCGGCACACUUCCUUGAACGACCUCAGCCUGACAAGGGACGAGCAGGAGAUCGAGUUCCUGCGGCUGCAAGUGCUGGAGCAGCAGCACGUCAUUGACGACCUCUCACUGGAGAGAGAACGGCUCUUGCGCUCCAAACGACAACGUGGGAAGAGCCUGAAGCCACCCAAGAAGCAUGUUGUGGAGACAUUUUUUGGAUUUGAUGAGGAGUCUGUGGACUCGGAAACACUGUCAGAAACGUCCUGCAACACAGACAGAACAGACAGGGCUCCGGCCACGCCCGAGGAGGACUUGGAUGACACAACAACCCGGGAGGAGGCUGACCUGAGGUUCUGCCAGCUGACCAGGGAGUACCAGGCCCUGCAGCGAGCCUACGCCCUGCUUCAGGAGCAGGUCGGGGGGACGCUGGAUGCCGAGCGGGAGGCCCGGACUCGGGAACAGCUCCAGGCCGAUCUGCUGAGGUGUCAGGCCAAGAUCGAGGAUCUGGAGAAGUUACUGGUUGAGAAGGGACAGGAUUCCAAAUGGGUUGAGGAGAAGCAGCUGCUCAUCAGAACAAACCAAGACUUGCUGGAAAAGAUUUACAGGCUGGAAAUGGAAGAGAACCAGCUGAAGAACGAAAUGCAAGAUGCAAAGGAUCAGAACGAGCUGUUAGAAUUCCGAGUGCUAGAACUCGAAGAGAGAGAGCGGAGGUCGCCAGCAUUUAACCUCCAAAUCAGCACCUUCCCCGAGAACAACAGCAGCGCCCUCCAGCUGUUCUGUCACCAGGAAGGAGUGAAGGAUGUGAAUAUUUCUGAACUUAUGAAGAAAUUAGAUAUCCUUGGCGAUAAUGGGAACUUGAGAAAUGAAGAGCAGGUUGCAAUAAUCCAGGCUGGAACUGUGCUUGCCCUGUGUGAAAAGGUAGAGCCCAGCGGCAUUUCUGUCCGUACACCUUGUCCAAGCUUCCCGGCACCAUACAAGAAACUGUACAUUGGCGUCUCGCUGUCCUGGAAGCAUGCCUUCUGGUCCGUCUGCGUCUGCAUGCGCACGUGCACGCCUUUUCGUUUUCUGAUCGAAAGUCACUCCCGCUGAUGGUAGAAACAGAGACCACAGAAGGAAGUAAACCACCCCCACCCCGCCCCCCGAGGAAACCCUUCUGCGACAGUUGGUGUAUUUCCUUCCGGCUUUUUUCCCACACGCUUUUUAAAAACUUAGUUGAAAUCGUACUUGACUUGAGUUUUGAAUCCUGUUUAGUCAGCUCCCUGCACGGGAUUCGGUGGCCCUGCACCUUCCACCCACAGCUCUACCCUCAGUUAAUGAUUCUUCCGCUGUCAGAUACCGAGGGCAUUUCCAACAUCAGUUUUCCUACUCAGCAUCGUGCAGUGAUGAACAUCUUUACCCGCCAGUUACUCCCCACAUUUUAAGGCACUUCCACAGGAUAGAUUCUAGGCGUGGAACCACUGGGCCAAAGGGUAAGAGUUUUUCAGAGCUUUGAUGCUGUCAAAUGGUUCCCAGAAAAGUGGUACCAACGCCCCCGCUACCUGAGUGUUACCGCUGCUGGCUUCUCAUUCAGCGUGGCUUAUCACCACUGAGAACUCUGCCGAUGUGAUAGGCAAAGAUUAUGUGACGUCAUGUUUUCAUUUAUCUGAGCACUAGCGAUGAAGUUUUUGUGUGUAUCAUCCAUUUUCUUCUUCCUUGUGAGUUGUAAUUACAUUUCUUUGGACCAUU